AUGUUUGACAUUUAUGAAGAAAUUGAUUUUUUUAUCUACUUUUUCACUUUAAUGGCUGAUUCAACAACAUUUAACAAAUCUGACUUUUCUUUCCUUCAAGACUUUCACAACAUAAUAGAUCUCAUACUAACAGGAAGUAAUCAAGAUGCUAUUGGCAAGGCAGUUGCUAAUUUAGAAGAAAAGUUUAUUCAUGCCAGACAAGUUUUGGAAGAAUUACCUGGUUUACAAUAUGUACAAGAAGAGCAAGAACGAAUAUAUCAACAGGAAUUACAGUUGCUAGAACACAAAAAGAAACAAUUAGAGACAUAUCUAAAUUCGCCACCUUUCAAAAAAGAGUAG